UCUAAAUAGAUGAUUUUAUCAUCGAAACAGCACAUUUUUAGUGCACUUUCCUUCACUCAGGGCUCUGGGAAUCAGCUCCUCGUGCUAAACCUGAAUGACUGUUGGAAGCUGUGAUAACACCAAGCACUUCCUGACAUAGAGAAGGUGAGCUCCUCUGGCCUGAUGUGCAGCUGGUGGGAAGAGAGAAGCUGGUGGCCUUCCUUUGUUCCAUCUGUACCUUUGAAAGGACUUCACUGAAUGCAGUACAUGGCAAGCAAAGCAGAUUGAAGAAUGCUACUACAGUCAGGAAAAUUGCACUUUGAAACCUGUCCAUUGGACUGAAGCAGAUAGGAUGGAUUGGAAGAAGUGCUGCUCACCACUGAGAUCCACAGUCAUGAUUCCCAGACUGCUUUGGUGAAGACCUGUGAAGCAGCACCACCUGGUAUUUUACUGCUCCCAGUUUUUAAUGCAGAUUUCAGACAGUUCUGAAGUACUUGGAAAAUGAGUGUCCUUCUCAUUGAACCCUUUUAUGGUGGCUCCCACAAACAGCUGAUGGAUCUUCUCCAGGAAGAGCUACAAGAAGAUUGUGUCCUCUGCACACUCCCAGCCAAGAAGUGGCAUUGGAAGGCACGGACUUCUGCUCUUUAUUUCAUGCAAACAGUGCCAACAAGUUCUAAUUACAGGAUCCUCUUUGCAAGCUCGGUGCUUAACCUGGCUGAACUCGCCGCCCUCCGCCCUGACCUUGGCAAAUUGAAAAAGGUCCUCUACUUCCAUGAGAACCAAUUGGCAUAUCCUGUCCAGAAAUGCCAGGAAAGGGAUUUUCAGUAUGGAUACAACCAGAUUCUUUCAUGUUUGGUUGCUGAUGUUGUGGUGUUCAACUCUGCUUUUAAUAUGGAAUCCUUUCUUAAAUCCAUUGGAAAAUUUAUGAAGCUGAUUCCUGACCACAGACCUAAGGAUUUGGAAAAAAUAAUCAGACCGAAGUGCCAAGUUCUUUAUUUUCCAGUCAGGUUUCCUGAUGUGAGCAGUUUCAUGCCAGAGCAUAAACUUGCCCGUUUGGAGAAGGUAAUUGGUGUUAAAAGGAAUGGAGAUGCUUAUCAGUCGGAGAGGCUGCCUGGCCAGCAGGAGAGCAGAGCUGUAAUGAAAACCAGUGAUGCACAUCCUGAGUCUGGACUUUGUGAGCCCCAGCCUGGACUCUGCACCACACAGCACGAGGGGCUGGCCUCCCCACCAGCAGCCCCAGCCCAGGCUGAAGCACCAGAAAGUACAAAUCCUUGUCAAGGGGAAGAUAAGCAAGGUCUGACUUUUAACCUCUCUAAUAUCUUGAGUGGACUGGACUAUCAGCAAAGACCUUUGCACAUUGCCUGGCCUCACAGGUGGGAACAUGACAAAGAUCCUGAAACUUUCUUUAAAGUCCUGAUGAAGCUGAAAGAGCAAGAUCUGCCUUUCCAAGUGUCUGUCCUUGGAGAGACUUUCAGUGAAAUUCCAGAUAUCUUCUCAGAGGCCAGGGAGGUGUUGGGAUCGUCCGUCUUGCACUGGGGGUACUUGCCCAGCAAGGAUGAUUAUUUCCGAGCUCUGUGCACGGCCGAUGUUGUCAUCUCCACAGCCAAACACGAAUUCUUUGGCGUGGCAAUGAUCGAGGCUGUGCAUUGUGGCUGUUACCCGCUGUGUCCCAAAGCCUUGGUGUACCCAGAGAUAUUCCCAGCUGAAUAUCUGUAUUCUACACCUGAACAGCUUUUUAAAAGGCUUCAGAAUUUCUGCAAGAGACCAGAUAUUGUAAGGAGACAUCUCUAUAAGAUGAAGCAGUAAAUUUUACAUCAUUCCAGUGAAGAGUCGUUACUACACGAUGCUGCUUUCAGAAGAAUAACUGCAGUUCUUUGCAUGCUGCUUCGUGCAUUUACAGCGGUUUUUGACUUUUACUGCCCUGGCUCUGCCAUGGGCAGGUUGGAUGCACAUCACCCCUGCAUGACAGAGGUGUUUCAGCUCCUGAAAACCCCUGAAUUCAGCUGAAAGUAUGAAAGGCUUGUGGGGUGCAUGGAAAUGCUCCUCGUGUUAACCCGUGCGACACAAACGCGGCUCUGGGAGCGUUCCCUGGCUGUCGCCAUCCAGCCUCACUCUUAAUGAGCAGGUCGAGUAAUCUCCUCCUUAAUUUGGAGUCUCCUGCUGCCAACAGAGCCAACCUCAUGCCUCCACCUCCCUCCCUCCGUCUGGGGACCCCGAAGUGUUGGGUCUUGCUGUGUUCUGUCUGCCUCUCUCCCCCUUCCCGCACACACCUAGCAGGAGCAGCGAGGGCUGAGCCCACGCCUUGACUUUUUUUGUGACCUAAAAAUAGGCAUUUACAUAAUGAUACAUCAAAGAUGAUGUUGUUUCUGCAGGAAACAGUUAAACCUCAAGAAAAAAAAAAAAAGGGAGAGAACCAAAAAUGCAAUUUAACACCCAAUUUCAAGCUCAUUAUCUUUCAUUGUCUAUUAACUUGGCAAUGGUUCAGAAGGUAGCUCAUAAUAGUUUAAAAUGCUGACUGAACACUUCCAGUGUUCAGCAUUACUUCUUGAGUCAAUAGUAUCGUAGAGUUAGGCAUGGGGGCUUCAAAGGGAAAGCAGUCCUUAAAUGUUUACCUUGGCAUUUCCCAGUGCUUCAAGCUCAGCUAAUGGUUGCAUUCACAUGGAUCCUCUCCCACAUGGAUCCCCAGCUCCUGAACACAGAGCCAAGGCAUGCAAAAAAUACUGAUUUAGAAUAGUACAGGUCGAAAAUGCAUGCACAAGCCCUGUAGGCAAAAUGCUGAUUUGCUUGAAGGAUUUUUUAAUCUUUAUUUUUUAAGAAUUCCUUGGGAUGAUUAGUAGGCAGAAGCUGAAGGUGUUUAUCCUGCCCCUUAUGCAUGGGGUUUGAAGAUCUUCUGAGUGUCAGAGCUGAACCGCUGCAACAGGUAGCACUGGAGCUGAGUGGGGGAUUGUUUUACAAUGAGGAAAGCAGAGCCUAAUCCAGCACCUGUGAGCACCAGAGGAAGUAUCCCUGUUGUAUUUAAUAGGCUUUGGAUCAGCUUGGAGAAUACUGUUAGAGUUGUCUUUUUGUGCUUACACCCACGUACACCUAGUGUUCCUUCACAGUGGACCAUCCACAAAAUCUCCUGGAGAAUGCUAGCUGAGAGCUGUGCUGUUAAGGUCAUUACAGCUGGAGUGAUGCUGCUUUUUAAGGAAGCUGAACAGAGUGAAAUCGUGAAGGCUACACAGCACUUGCAUUGUAUUUUCACCUUUUUUCAGACUAUUAUUAAGCAGAGAUAAUAUUAUCUCUGCUUUAGUGGGCUAGAAAAGGGAUCCCAGCACAAGAGUCAAUGCCAACCAGCUCCUUGUCAUUCAGAAACCAUCCUGCCAUACUCUCUGCAUUAAGUUUAUCAAGUAUCUGUGAAAUUUUGGAAGUAGAAAUGCUUUAAAAGCAAAUAGUGCUUUUCUCUGCUGAUUGGGGAUUCUGCUCCACAAGUUGGGAAGUAAUCACCUUGGCUUAUCCUUUUACAUAUUGUUGGGAUUUUAUUACUCAGGAUAUCUAUAAUAAUUAGACAGUGGCUAAUUAAACAGGCAGUUUAUUCCUUCAGAUGUCCUGUGCUUGUGCUGACAAAAUUAGUGGCUGAAGGGAGAUAAAUGGCAGCAGGGCAGUAGGCUUAGGGACUGGACAUAGGGAACAUUCCUGUGAACAUCCACACACCAAGGCAUUAAACUGUAGUAGCUUAACUCCACAGAGCAGAUUCAUGCUGGCAGACUUUUAAAAAUGUCCAUAAUGUAAGCACCUAUGAAAACCUUUCCAGAUGAUGCAUUGCUCACCCUGAGUAUUCACACAGCACUCAGGGCUGGCUCAUCUGCAUUUCAACCUUGCCUUCUGCCAGUUAUUAGCAGAAGAUUGAGAUGAGAGGGAAGCAGAUCUCAUUUGUUAUCAAUUAUUUGUUCUGUUCCAGUUUCAUGGAAUCAAACUCCAAUAUUGGGUGGUUUUGGUUGCCAAAGUAAGCACCAGAAUGAAGCAAGUAACAACAGCAGGGCAUUGAUCAGGGCACACCCCAGGACCUGUUA